AUGGAACCAGACGAUACCCCUCACCACCACCAUCACCACCACCACCACCACCACUCUCUCACUCCAUCUUACUACUCCACCUCAGCACAACCUACCGGCAACAAUCCCAACGCCGGCGGCGGGCCUGCUUCCUCAUCCGCCGGUGCAAUUACUCAUUCUCCGACCAAUGGUCUCCUGCCUCCCCCGCCAAACAGCAGCGGUGGCUCCGACUCGGCCUCCGCUCAUCACAUGGUCUACCCUCACUCCGUAGGCCCCUCCUCGGCCGCAGUGUCUCAGGCGCCGGUAGAUCCGGUCAGGAGGAAGAGGGGCAGGCCGAGGAAGUACGGGACUCCCGAGCAAGCUUUGGCGGCCAAGAGGACGGCGGCGGCUUCCUCUGCUUCCAGUGCUAGGGAGAAGAGGGAGAGCGGCGGUUCUGCUUCGUAUCCUGGCUUCUCGAAGAAGUCCCACCACCACUUGGGUACUCCCGGUAACACGGGAGUCGGUUUUACUCCACAUAUAAUUUCUGUAGCUGCUGGCGAGGAUGUUGCCCUCAGAAUUAACAUGUUCAUGCAACAAAGUAAGAGUGAGACGUGCAUUUUGUCUGCAUCUGGUGUAAUCGCUAGUGCAUCGAUUCGCCAGCCAGCGACACAAGGAGGCAACAUCACUUAUCAGGGUCGGUUCGAGAUCAUCUCACUGGGUGGAUCUUACAUAAGGUCUGAAACUGGAGGUAGAACUGGUGGGCUUAGUGUGUGUCUGUCUAGAACCGAUGGCCAUAUUAUUGGGGGAGGACUUUGUGGACCUCUAAUUGCCGCGGGCAAUGUUCAGGUGAUUGUAGGAACAUUCACCCUUGAUAACAAGAAAGAUGGUGGUGGUACUAGUAGUAUGAGACCAAUAGAUGCUGCUUCUACUGUUGGUAAGUUGCCAUCCCCGGUUGGUGGGGGACCAUCCUUAUCUGGUAUGAGCUUCCCUUCCCCAGUUGAAUCUACUGGGAGGAAUCCAGUCCGUGAGAAUGACGACAACCAUCAAAACAUGGGAGGAGGCGCACCUUUCAUGAUUCACAACAGGGCGCCGAGUAUGCACCACAUGGCAUUGGAUUGGAGGAGUGGCCCGGAUCCUAGGGCUGGCGGCACUGGUUAUGACUUGACAGGAAGAACAGGAGGUCUUGGAGGGCACCGGUCGCCUGAAAAUGGCGACUAUGAUCAAGUUCCAGAUUAG